GCCGGCCCCGAGCCCGGGCCGCUCCGGCCGGCGGCGGCAUGAAAGUGACCGUGUGCUUCGGGAGGAUCCGGGUGGUCGUGCCGUGCGGAGACGGCCACAUGAAAGUUUUCAGCCUCAUCCAGCAAGCCGUGACCCGCUACCGGAAGGCCGUCGCCAAGGACCCCAACUAUUGGAUACAGGUGCACCGCUUGGAGCAUGGAGAUGGAGGGAUUCUAGACCUGGAUGACAUCCUGUGUGACGUAGCUGAUGACAAAGACAAACUGGUGGCGGUGUUCGAUGAGCAAGACCCCCAUCAUGGAGGGGACGGCACCAGUGCCAGCUCCACAGGCACCCAGAGCCCAGAAAUGUUUGGCAGUGAGCUGGGCACCAACAACGCGUCUGCCUUUCAGCCUUACCAAGCGACAAGUGAAAUUGAGGUCACACCUUCCGUCCUUCGUGCAAAUAUGCCACUUCAUGUCCGCCGGAGCAGUGACCCCGCGCUCACUGGCCUCUCGACCUCUGUCAGUGAGAAUAAUUUUUCCUCUGAAGAGCCCUCGAGGAAAAACCCCACACGCUGGUCAACGACAGCUGGCUUCCUCAAGCAGAACACCGCUGGCAGUCCCAAAGCCUGUGACAGGAAGAAAGAUGAAAACUACAGGAGCCUCCCACGGGACCCCAGCAGCUGGUCAAACCAGUUCCAGAGAGACAAUGCACGCUCUUCUCUGAGCGCCAGCCACCCAAUGGUGGACAGGUGGUUGGAGAAGCAAGAACAGGAUGAGGAUGGGGCCGAAGAGGACAACAGCCGUGUUGAGCCCGUCGGACAUGCUGAUACUGGCUUGGAGAAUAUGCCCAACUUUUCUCUUGAUGAUAUGGUAAAGCUCGUACAAGUCCCCAACGAUGGAGGGCCUCUGGGAAUCCAUGUAGUGCCUUUCAGUGCUCGAGGCGGCAGAACCCUGGGGCUGCUAGUGAAGCGACUGGAGAAAGGGGGCAAAGCUGAGCAAGAGAGCCUUUUUCAUGAGAACGACUGCAUCGUCAGGAUUAAUGACGGCGACCUUCGAAAUAGAAGGUUUGAACAAGCACAACAUAUGUUCCGCCAAGCCAUGCGUACACCCAUCAUUUGGUUCCAUGUGGUCCCUGCUGCAAACAAAGAGCAGUACGAACAACUCUCCCUCAGUGAGAAGAACAACUACCCCCCCAGCCGCUUCAGCCCCGACAGCCACUAUUUGGACAGCAGGAGCGUGGCCAGUGCUGGGCCCCACGCGCUGCCCAGAGCACCCAGAGCAAACCACCCGCCCGAACAACUCGACACUCACCCUCGACUACCUCAUAGUGUGCACCCCUCCUCAAAGCCACCAGCGGCCCCAGCUCUGGCUCCACACAAUGCACUUGGUAUGAACGCAUACAAUACCAAGAAAGUAGGCAAGAGGCUCAAUAUCCAGCUGAAGAAAGGUACAGAAGGUCUGGGGUUCAGCAUCACAUCCCGAGAUGUGACGAUAGGUGGUUCUGCUCCAAUCUACGUGAAGAACAUUCUUCCACGGGGUGCCGCCAUUCAGGAUGGCAGGCUCAAGGCAGGGGAUAGACUCAUAGAGGUAAAUGGAAUAGAUUUAGCAGGCAAGUCCCAGGAGGAAGUGGUUUCCCUGUUGAGAAGUACCAAGAUGGAGGGGACUGUGAGCCUUCUGAUCUUUCGCCAAGAAGACACCUUCCACCCCAGGGAACUGAAUGCAGAGCCAAGCCAGAUGCAGAUUCCAAAAGAAACGAAAGCUGAAAAUGAGGACAUUGUUCUCACUCCGGACGGCACCAGGGAGUUUCUGACUUUUGAAGUUCCUCUCAAUGACUCUGGAUCUGCGGGUCUGGGUGUCAGUGUCAAAGGUAAUCGUUCCAAAGAGAACCACGCUGAUCUGGGCAUCUUCGUCAAGUCCAUUAUUAAUGGCGGAGCAGCCUCCAAGGAUGGAAGGCUGCGGGUGAACGACCAGCUGAUCGCAGUGAAUGGAGAGUCCUUGCUGGGCAAAGCCAACCAGGAUGCCAUGGAGACGCUGAGGAGGUCCAUGUCCACUGAGGGCAACAAGCGUGGCAUGAUCCAGCUCAUCGUGGCCAGGCGGAUCAGCAAGUGCAGCGAGCUGCGCUCACCUGGGAGCCCCCCGGGGCCUGAGCUGCCCAUCGAAACAGUGCUGGAUGACAGAGAGCGUCGGAUCUCCCACUCCCUCUACAGCGGGAUCGAGGGGCUGGAUGAGUCCCCCACGAGAAACGCCGUGCUCAGCAGGAUAAUGGGUGAGUCAGGUAAAUGCCAGUUGUCCCCCACUGUGAACAUGCCCCAUGAUGACACUGUUCUGAUUGAAGAUGAUAGGCUGCCCGUACUUCCUCCUCACCUCUCGGACCAGUCCUCUUCCAGCUCCCACGAUGACAUGGGAUUUGUGAUGACAGAGGCUGGCGCAUGGGCCAGAGCUCCAAUCAGCGACUCUGCCGACUGCUCUUUGAGUCCAGAUGUUGAUCCAGCUCUCGCUUUUCAACGGGAAGGAUUUGGACGGCAGAGUAUGUCAGAAAAACGCACAAAGCAAUUUUCAGAUGCCAGUCAAUUGGAUUUCGUUAAAACACGAAAAUCAAAAAGCAUGGAUUUAGGUAUAGCUGACGAGACUAAACUCAAUACAGUGGAUGACCAGAAAGCAGGCUCCCCCAGCAGAGAUGUGGGACCUUCUCUAGGUCUGAAGAAGUCAAGCUCAUUAGAGAGUCUGCAGACAGCCGUUGCUGAGGUGACCCUUAAUGGGGACAUUCCUUUUCAUCGCCCACGGCCGCGUAUUAUCAGAGGAAGGGGUUGCAACGAGAGCUUCCGAGCUGCCAUCGAUAAGUCCUAUGACAAGCCCACUGUAGAUGACGAUGACGAAGGCAUGGAGACUCUGGAAGAAGACACUGAAGAAAGUUCGCGGUCAGGGAGAGAAUCCGUGUCCACCGCUAGUGACCAGCCUUCCUACUCCGUGGAGAGACAAAUGAAUGGGAACCAAGAAAAAGGGGACAAGACAGAUAGGAAAAAGGACAGAACUGGAAAAGAGAAGAAAAAAGAUAGAGACAAAGAAAAGGAUAAAUUGAAAGCCAAGAAAGGAAUGUUGAAGGGCUUGGGGGACAUGUUCAGGUUCGGCAAACAUCGAAAAGAUGACAAGAUGGAGAAAACGGGUAGAAUAAAGCUGCAGGAUUCCUUCACAUCGGAAGAGGACCGCGUGCGGAUGCAGCAGGAGCAAGAGAGGAUUCAAGCCAAAACUCGAGAAUUCAGGGAGCGCCAGGCUCGAGAGCGUGACUAUGCUGAAAUCCAAGAUUUCCACCGGACGUUUGGCUGUGAGGAGGAGCUGCUGUACGAGGGCAUGUCUUCCUACGAAGGCCGCCUGGCUCUUAGCGCCAGACCCCAGAGCCCACGAGAUGGGCACCUGAUGGACACUUUGUAUGCCCAAGUGAAGAAGCCACGGAGCUCCAAACCCUCAUCUGGGGACAGCAACCGAUCAACUCCUAGCAACCACGAUCGGAUACAGCGUCUGCGGCAGGAGUUCCAGCAAGCCAAGCAGGACGAGGACGUGGAAGACCGACGGCGUACCUACAGCUUCGAGCAGCCCUGGCCCAGCUCUCGGCCCGCCGCGCAGAGUGGUCGGCACUCGGUGUCGGUGGAGGUUCAAGUGCAGCGCCAGCGGCAGGAGGAGCGCGAGAGUUUCCAGCAGGCCCAGCGCCAGUACAGCUCUCUGCCCAGGCAAAGCAGGAAGAAUGCCAGCUCAAUUUCGCAGGACUCCUGGGAGCAGAACUAUGCCCCUGGUGAAGGCUUCCAGAGUGCCAAGGAGAACCCCAGGUAUUCCAGCUACCAGGGCUCCCGGAACGGCUACCUGGGCGGGCAUGGCUUCAAUGCCAGGGUCAUGCUGGAGACGCAGGAGCUCUUACGGCAGGAGCAGAGGCGGAAGGAGCAGCAGAUGAAGAAACAGCCUCCAUCCGAGGGUGUCCGGGGACCCUUCCGGCAAGAUGUGCCCCCGUCCCCCUCUCAGGUAGCCAGGCUGAACAGACUGCAGACCCCAGAGAAGGGGCGGCCCUUCUAUUCCUGAGCACGAGGACGGCGCUUCGUGUCAUGCAAUAAAGGACAUUUUCCUAUGAAGACUUGUGUUUGGGGAGUUUUUUACAGCCUUGAUGGUACUAUGGAAUAUUUCUGUUGCUGGUUUCAGUGCCUUUAAGCAGGGUGGGCAAAGAAACAGGAAGCCUUAAUGUCUUUGCCACUGUAUCUCAAGUGUCUGUUUCACGGAAGGAUUCCCCACCUCCUGACAAUCAUAUACGUGAGGCAUUUGUCCGUCCGCAUCUCGUCUGGGCAGACCAGGAACCUCGGCUCCGUGCAUAAGAUGUCCAUGGAGUCAUAGCUCCUUCUUUGUGAUGGGCUUCGAAGUAGCAAGUGUUGCUGGCCCCGUCUCUCCCUUUGGGCUCUCAGCUGAGGGGACAACAUCUUAGUGUCUGGAAAUGAAAGUGGGGCUUUCCAGUACUUCGCAGCAGGGAUGUUUCUAGAACUCUGAGUCAGUCUGGGUUUCCCUUUCCUUCCCUGCACCUCAGAGCAGGAAGGUUCUGCCAUGGUGUUGAAGAAGCCAUAUGCCAACGUCAUUUGCUUAUCAGGGGUCCUUUUCCAACUGCCUUAUAAUUCAACACUACCCAUAACGUGAUGAUUCCAGUCUGUGUUUAUCAAUACACUUGUUCAGUCACAUUUCUCCACACAGGUCUGUGGCGGGGGGAAUGAGGGCCACGGGAGUGGCCUGGGUGGGUGAAGGGCUGGGCCUGCCUCUCAGCUCUUCAGGUUGAGCAGGGGCCAGUCCAACCAAUCAUCAUUUUAAUUAAUUUUUGUUGUAACAAGUUGGCAAGGAGGGUGGGCAUAGAACAGGACAAUGAAAAAUCAGUCACUUUGGGAUUCUAAAAACUGAUCCCCAGUUUUUGAGGUUGGUUGGAAUUGAUUUUUAAUCUCUUACUCCCAUACAUUGUGUCCUUACCUGGUGAGGUCACAUGAUUAUAUAAUUCUGCCACAAAACAAGAGAAAAGCCAUUCCACCUCACCCCAGAAAACAUUUUGGCAUCCCAAAACAAUGGUAAUAAGAAGACAGCUCUUGUGCCUAUAGCUUAGCUCAUGCAUGUGUCACGAGGCCCUCCAAUGUGCCCCACUUUUCAUCUGUUGGUCUGAACAUCCUGUAUUAUAAACCAUGGCUGGGUUGCUAAAGUGCCUGUGAAUCUCGAUGUGAAAACAAAACAAAACAAAACAACCUUGAGAUGAAAGCUCAGUGUACCAUGUAUUAACAAAAAAGAAAAGCAAAAAAAAAAAAAAAAAAAAGACAUGUAUUGAUACGCCUAUUUUUUUUUACUGGCACAUUGUAUUUUUGUGUCCACUUGUUUUUAGAAAAUAUGUGAAGUGCCCACAGGCACAUGUGUCUCUUUUGCAUCUCUGUGUAGUGGUUCUGUUUGUUAACGAUGUGCAGUGAUGUUGAAGUGGAAUUACCAAUGGAAGCGCGGUGCCCUUGGGUGACAGGUCGUUCUCACAGCCUUCCUGAGCUGUAAGAGACAGCUCUCCUUGUAUAUAUGACACUUCUAAUAAAAGGCAUAUUUCCUCCUGUU